AGUGCGACUUAGAUAAUGCCAAGUUCUAAGUUGUUAGAAUUUCAAGAUAAAGAGACGUGGCUUAAACUCUCGCCAGUAAGGUCCCUCCAAAAAUGUCCCUCUCUCUUCUCCGACACACACCAUAUCUCACCUCAACAGUUCCAUUGCCAAUUCAAUAUUUCUUCAUCUCUUUUACCAAAAUGCCAAAAACACGUCUCUCCACCAUACGACAAAACUCAGUUUCUCAGGUAUCCAGAAAUAGAAGAUUUUGCAAAUAAAAGUAGCAAUAUUAAUUCUCAGUCAAUACAACCUCCUGCCAACUGGGAAAGGGUCAUUGAAGGGAUACGCAAAAUGAGAUCAUCAGAACAUGCACCUGUGGACUCCAUUGACCCGGAUGAAGGAGUGACUUCUCUUCAACCUAAGGAAAGAAGAUUUGCUGUUCUAAUUGGCUCAUUGUUAUCAAGCCAGACCAAGGGUCAUGUUACACAUGAAGCAAAUCAGCGGCUCCUCGAAAAUGGUUUGCUGAGUGCUGACUCAAUGGAUAAAGCUGAUGAAGUCACCAUAAAGACCUUGAUAUACCCGGUUGGAUUUUACACAAGAAAGGCUCGGCACCUUAAACAAGUUGCAAAGAUUUGUGUCUCUAAAUAUGAUGGAGACAUUCCUAGUACAGUAGACGAGUUGCUUCUACUUCCAGGUGUUGGUCCCAAGAUAGCUCACCUGGUUAUGAUUAUGGCAUGGAACAAAGUUGAAGGGAUUUGUGUAGAUACCCACGUGCAUCGUGUUAGUAAUCGGCUUGGUUGGGUCUCGCAGCCUGGAAAAAAGCAGGGAACUAGAUCACCCGAAGAGACUAGGGUCUCCUUGCAGCAGUGGCUUCCUAAAGAAGAAUGGGUUUCCAUUAAUUUGCUGUUGGUAGGCUUUGGACAGACCAUAUGUACUCCUCUGAGACCUCGCUGUGCAAAAUGUACUGUAAGUCAAUUCUGCCCAUCGGCAUUUAAGGAGAUGUCAAGCCCAGCUUCCACUUCCAGAACACUAAGCCCCAAGAAGAAACAUUGACAAGGCUGUUUCCUGCUACAUGAUCAAUUUUUUCAAGUUCUAUUCUUUUAAUGAUAAAUGUCAACUUGAGCCCAAAGGAUAGUUGAUUGAAAAAAAAAACGUAACUUUUAGUACUUUGUUUUAAAAGUUUGUAUAAUGUUGGCCUAGGAUGUAUUGAAAUGGGAAACACGGUGAUUGAGGAUUCAUAUAGCAGACCCCAACUUAUUAAAGACUGAGGUGUAGUAGUUGUGGUAUUCGUUGAACAAGUUAAUUUCUACAUAAUUGGAGACAGACAAUAUUAGUUUUUAA